CGCCAAUCCAACGACGCCCUCCAUCGCCGCGCCCCUUCCACCACCAUGCACACACCCAAAACGCAGCUCCGCCGCACUGUACCACCUCAUCCUCCAUGCCACUAGAUCUACCACCUCGCCCUGCCACCGCCACCGCCACCAUAUCUAUCCCGUCCCGGAAACAUUCUGCACGCGGCAGCUAGCAGCUGCAGAAAUGGCUACUUCCCCUCCUGCCCUCCUGCUGUUCCCGUUAACGCUGCUGCUGUUCAUUGGCGGCGCGCCAGCGACGGCGCGCGCCGCCGACAUGCCGAUGCCGGUCAACGAGGAGGUGCUGGGGCUGGUGGUCUUCAAGUCGGCGCUCUCCGACCCGUCCGGCGCGCUGGCCACGUGGACCGAGUCCGACGCCACGCCCUGCGGCUGGCGCUGCGUCGAGUGCGACCCGGCCACCUCCCGGGUGCUCCGCCUCUCGCUCUCCGGCCUCGCGCUCUCCGGCCCCAUGCCGCGGGGCCUCGACCGCCUCCCCGCGCUCCAGGAGCUCACCCUCGCCCGCAACAACCUCUCUGGCCCGCUCCCGCCGGGCCUCUCCCUGCUCAAGUCGCUCCGCUCGCUCGACCUCUCCUACAACGCCUUCUCCGGCCCGCUCCCCGACGACGUCGCGCUGCUCGGCUCCCUGCGCUACCUCGACCUCACCGGCAACGCCUUCUCCGGCCCGCUCCCGGCCGCAUUCCCUCCGACCGUCCGGUUCCUCAUGCUGUCCGACAACCAGUUCUCCGGCCCGAUACCGGAGGGGCUGCCCAAGAGCCCGCUGCUGCUCCACCUCAACAUGUCCGGCAACCAGCUCUCCGGCUCGCCGGACUUCGCGGGCGCUCUCUGGCCGCUCGAGCGGCUGCGCACGCUCGACCUGUCCCGCAACCAGUUCUCUGGCUCCGUCACCGACGGCAUUGCCAGGCUCCACAACCUCAAGACCGUCAGCCUCAGCGGGAACAGGUUCUUCGGCGCCGUCCCGCAGGACCUCGGCCUGUGCCCGCACCUCAGCACCCUUGAUCUGAGCUCCAACGCGUUCGACGGCCACCUCCCGGACUCCAUCGCCCAGCUCGGCUCGCUGGUCUACCUCGCCGCGUCCGGCAACCGGCUCUCCGGCGACGUCCCCGCUUGGCUUGGCAAGCUGGCCGCGGUGCAGCACCUGGAUUUGUCCGACAACACGCUCACCGGAACGUUGCCGGACUCGCUCGGCGACCUCAAGGCACUCAAGUACCUGAGCCUGUCCAGGAACCAGCUCUCCGGCUCCGUCCCGGCCUCGUUGUCAGGGUGCAGCAAGCUCGCCGAGCUGCACCUGAGGGGCAACAACCUCAGCGGCCGCAUCCCCGAUGCGCUGUUCGACGUCGGGCUCGAGACGCUCGACAUGUCGUCCAACGCGCUGUCGGGCGUCCUGCCAUCCGGCUCGACGAGGAUGGCGGAGACCCUGCAGUGGCUGGACCUCUCCGGAAACCAGCUGACAGGCGGCAUCCCCACGGAGAUGCUGCUCUUCUUCAAGCUCCGGUACCUGAACCUGUCCCGCAACGACCUCCGCACGCAGCUGCCGCCGGAGCUCGGCCUGCUCCGCAACCUGACGGUGCUCGACCUGCGUAGCACCGGCUUGUACGGGGCGGUGCCCGCCGACCUCUGCGAGUCCGGGAGCCUCGCCGUGCUCCAGCUCGACGGCAACUCCCUCGCUGGCCCCAUCCCCGACAGCAUCGGGAAUUGUUCUUCACUGUACCUACUGAGCUUGGGGCACAACGGCUUGACGGGGCCGGUCCCGGCGGGCAUUGCGGAGCUGAAGAAGCUGGAGAUCUUGCGGCUGGAGUACAACAACCUGAGCGGCGAGAUACCGCAGCAGCUGGGCGGGCUGGAGAACCUCCUGGCCGUGAACAUCUCGCACAACCGCCUCGUGGGGCGGCUGCCGCCGUCGGGUGUGUUCCAGAGCCUGGACGCGAGCGCGCUGGAGGGCAACCUGGGCCUCUGCAGCCCGCUGGUGACGGAGCCGUGCAGGAUGAACGUGCCCAAGCCGCUGGUGCUGGACCCCAAUGAGUACACGCACGGCGGCGGCGACAACAACCUCGAGACGAACGGCGCCGGCGCGGGGCUGCCGAGGAAACGGCGGUUCCUGAGCGUGUCCGCCAUGGUGGCCAUCUGCGCGGCGCUCGUGAUCAUCCUCGGCGUCAUCGUGAUCACCUUGCUCAACAUGUCGGCCCGGCGGAGGGCCGAGGCGGCCGGCGGGGCCCCCGAGCAGCAGAAGGAGCUGGAGAGCAUCGUCACCAGCUCGACCAAGUCGUCUUCCGGCAAGCUCGCCGCCGGCAAGGUGGUGACGUUCGGGCGAGGAAGCAGCCUUCGCUCCGAGGACCUGGUCGCCGGCGCCGACGCGCUGCUGAGCAAGGCGACGGAGAUCGGGCGCGGCGUGUUCGGGACGGUGUACCGCGCGUCGGUCGGCGAAGGCCGGGUGGUGGCGAUCAAGAAGCUGGCGACGGCGAACAUCGUCAAGUCCCGCGAUGACUUCGACCGCGAGGUGCGCGUCCUGGGCAAGGCGAAGCACCCGAACCUGCUGCCGCUCAAGGGCUACUACUGGACGCCGCAGCUGCAGCUGCUGAUCACGGACUACGCGCCGCACGGCAGCCUGGAGGCGCGGCUCCACGGCGGCCGCGCGCCGCUGACGUGGGAGGAGCGGUUCCGGGUGGUGUCCGGCACGGCCCGCGGGCUGGCGCACCUGCACCAGGCGUUCCGGCCGCCGCUGAUCCACUACAACGUGAAGCCGAGCAACAUCUUCCUGGACGAGCGGUGCAACCCGAUGGUGGGCGACUUCGGGCUGGCGCGUCUGCUGCCCAAGGCGGAGCACCGGCACGCGGUUAUGAUGGGCGGGCGGUUCCAGGGCGGCGGCGGCGCGGGGUACGUGGCGCCGGAGCUGGCGUGCCAGAGCCUGCGGGUGAACGAGAAGUGCGACAUCUACGGGCUGGGCGUGCUGAUCCUGGAGCUGGUGACGGGGCGGAAGGCGGUGGAGUACGGGGAGGACGACGUGGUGGUGCUGCAGGACCAGGUGCGGGUGCUGCUGGAGCACGGGAACGCGCUGGAGUGCGUGGACCCCGGGAUGGGCGGCGACUUCCCGGAGGAGGAGGUGCUGCCGGUGCUGAAGCUGGGCAUGGUGUGCACGUCGCAGAUCCCCUCGAACCGGCCGUCCAUGGCGGAGGUUGUCCAGAUCCUGCAGGUCAUCAAGGCCCCCGUGGGAGGCAGAAUGGAAGCCGGCGGCGGCGGCUUCUGAAUUCUGAUCGAUUGGAUUCGAUUCUGACACCGUACGUCGUCGUCUCGUCCCUUCAUUCUUCUUCUUCCGUUCAUUGGCAACGGCAUCUGGGUCGAUCGGUCGCCGGCAGUGGCACGGCAGGCUGCAACAAGUACUGCUACUCAUGUGC